AUGGGUAUAUUCAAUUUGGAUGAUGACUUUAAAUUACUUAAGGUAAAUGAUACAUGUGCCAUAAUCAAUAGUGGAUUAGAUGAAGAUGACAACAAUCCAUUAUAUAACCGUGCACAGAGCAAUACUGGUGUGACCACUGAUCAUGUUCUGUGGCAUAAGAAUCUUUUACGAAUGGAUUCUUCUGCUCUUCCUCCGAAAGACCUCGAAGCUUCAGAAGAUGCCGCUAUAUCCGAUACGGAGGAUAUUAGUAUCCCAAAUAUACUAAUGCCACCAUCCUCAAAUGAUACCCUUCAGCAGUCAUCUAUAUCCUCAAGAAGAAGGUCAUCGGUUUAUAAUAAACUUGUGGUUAAUCCUGCUCAAAACACUGUUCGAUUAUCGUUAAGCAUGGAACAAGCUGUUGAUAAUGACUGUGGGGGGGAUGUCUUCUCACUUUCCUCGGUUGAAGAAAAUAGACAUCGGAGAGGUUCUAGUUUUUCAAGAAAUAAUGAAAUAAGGGUACUAGAUGACUUUGUUCCCAUCCGGUGUUUGGGAGAAGGUGCAUAUGGGCGAGUUUUAUUGGUCAAGGACGUAAUUACGUCCAAGUUAUAUGCCAUGAAGCAAUUAAAGAAGGCUGAAAUUUUAAUAUCUGAGGAUUCCUUAGAAGAAAACCAAGCAAAAACCACAGUAGAAAAAAGAGUCGAAAGAACGCUUGCUGAAAGAACCAUUCUCUCUCAGUUAGAACAUCCAAAUAUAGUGAAACUUUUUUACUCCUUCCAUGAUAAUCAUAAAUUGUAUUUGGUGCUUCAGUAUAUUCCUGGAGGAGAGUUGUUCUAUCAUUUAAAGGAACUGGGUACACUAUCUGAAGAUACAGUGAGUUUCUAUGCAUCGGAACUAAGUUGUGCUCUCAAGUUUUUGCAUUCUAAGGGCAUAGUAUAUCGAGAUUUAAAACCAGAAAACUGUCUUCUAAAUGAGAAGGGUCACUUGGUACUAACAGACUUUGGGCUCUCCAAAAAAAGUGUUUACGAUGAGGGCGGUGAUUUGGAGAAGGGAGAAAAUGUUACACAGUUGUACUCAAUUAUAGGUACACCUGAAUAUUGCGCACCGGAAAUAUUGGAAGGGGAGCCCUAUUCUCAGAAUUGUGAUUGGUACUCAUUAGGUUGUCUAGUUUACGAUAUGUUGAUUGGAAAACCUCCAUUCACUGGCGCUAAUCAUAAGGUGAUAUUGAAUAAAAUCAAGAAGGAGAAGAAUGGGGCAAAAAUACCCAGUUAUCUAAGUGAUGGGAUGAAAGAUUACCUUGGCGCUUUAUUGAAGAAGGAUCCAGCUAAGCGUUGGGAUGUGGAUAAAUAUUGGUCGCAGGACGGUCCAAAGACUAAAAAGAAGAAGGCUGGAUCUGCAAAAACUACUAGCUACAUAAACCAUUUUAUUUUCAGAAAAAUAGAUUGGAAAAGUCUUAUGAUUGGAGAUUUACAAAGAACAUCAGUUGGUCCUAUAUUGCCAGUGAUUACCGAUUGGGAGCUAGCUGAAAACUUUGAUUCAGAAUUCACUGAAAAAAGAUUGGACACCGAUUUGCAUGAUAACGGCAUAGACAUAAAUAAACCUCCGGGAAAGAAGGAAUCCGUAUACGGGACAUCUACGGAUUACUUCAAAGGGUUCAGCUAUGUUGCAAGUAAGAGUUACCUAGAGAGACACUUUUAA